AUGGCUAUGCAAGACGAAACAUCGGCUCCCCAGGCUCGAGAGACGCAGACACCAUCCAAGGACAACGAUGGUCACCCACUGGACGCCGGGGAUCCGAGCCGCAAGCAGGCUAUCCUAUGA